AUGUGGAAAAAGACAAAUGGAACCGGUCGCAACACGGCCAGACAAAGUUAUUCCCUUGUUCAUCAGUACAUCCAACAUUUUAAUGAAGUCUCAGGCAACAAGUCAGCUGCAAUCCGGAGGAGAUCAAAAAUUCCCGGGGUGUUGAUCACGCAGUAUCUAGUGAAUAUUCCAGAAGGGAAAAGCACUCCAGACUUCCAGUCUGCACCAGAACCUAUGACAGUCCAAGAAGGCAAAACCGUUAUCUUCAAGGCAGUGGUCACUGGCAACCCAGAACCAGAAGUUUCAUGGAAGAGAGUGAAAGGAAAUAUUUCAGACAAGACAAAAUUCCAGACUAAAUUUGACAAAUCCACUGGCGAAUAUAUAUUAAAGAUUAACAGUGUGUCGGCAGGUGAGACAGAUACGUACAAAUGCUUUGCUGCAAAUGAAUUUGGGAAAGCCGUCUGCAACGCGGCGCUACAUGUGACUCAUGAGCUGGCAGUUGAAUCAGAUUUCAGAAAAGUGUUACGGAAGACGAAAGUGGAUAAAACGGAGGACAACCAAGCAACGACGGACAGUGCAGAAAGCAAUGAGAAAUUCUGGGACGCGAUGCUGAACGCCGACAAGGCGGAUUAUGAGAGAAUCUGUCAAGAAUUUGGGGUCAAGGAUGUAAACACAGUUCUAAAAAACCUCGAAGAGAAGAGGACGAACAAGAGAGCUCAAAACCAGAGGAAGAACACGAAAAUGAAUCUCCAGAAUAUCGAGGACGUCAACCUGAUCGAUGUAUUGAGCCAGAUGGACACUGAAGAGCUCAACUUUCUUCAUGCGCAGAAUAACUUUCCCAAUGUGGACUUUGUCAUCAAAAUUCUAGAAAUCACGGCUGAAGAAGGAGAUGACGCCUUGUUUGAGUGUGUCCUGACUCGCCCGCUCAGCAGGAUCUCAUGGAGCAGCAAGGGCAUCGAUCUGGAGGACGGCGAGAAAUACAGCAUCACCGUGUCUGACCACAAGCUGAUCCACAGGUUGCUCAUUAAAGACUGCACCUUGCAGGAUAAAGGCAUCUACUCGGCUGUGGCUGGAAGCACAUCCUGCAGCGCCUGGCUGAUAGUUGAAGCUGCGAGUGGUGACCCAUCUGCCCGAAAGAAGACAUGUAGAUCUGCGAUGGGAGCCGGAGGAAUUGACCUGGAGGAGGUGGCCAAACAGCAGCUGCUGAAAAACCGAGAAGAAAUGGAGACGAUGAUUGAGGGUCUUAAAGCUAAAUUCGACCCAGCCAUGGGACCUGAUGGAGACAAGAGCAAACUUGAUCUCAUGAUGGCCCUGCUGCUGUCUGAGACGGGAGCCAUCGAGGGCGGAAACAUCAAAAUCCUCAUCGACGGAACAGUUCAGACCAUUGAUGUUUCGGAGUUGGUGUCAAGCGGUGAGGAGAAGAGGCAGAAGCGAGUCACGUUCGGUCAAGAUACUUCUGACGAGGUAACAGAACAAGGUGACAUUUUGGAGGAUGAAGAUUUGAACCACAGCCAACUUUUUAAAACAAAUCAAAGCACUGAUCCAGGAGGACAGCAACUCCCUCCUGGGUCUCCCUCAAACUCAUCGUUGACUGGUGCAACCGAAUGUGGAGACAGAGUGGCAGAUGAAACUGGCGCUGUGACACAAACUAGGCGGAAAAGACAAACCCCACUCACUGAAGACUUAGUCAUUGAUCCAGGGGUUCAGUUUGUUUGUGGACUCUCCGAUGUCAGCGCCAUCAUUGACCACAGUGCUGAGCUGACAUGUAAACUCAGCAAUGAAGACUGUGUCGGGGCAUGGUUCAGAGACGGAAGGAAGAUACAACCAGACGACAACUUCACAAUCACUCAAGAAGGCGCCAUCCAUAAAUUAGUCAUCAACAAAUGUCAGGACGAGCACUCGGGCAAAUACCGCUUCGAGGCAGACGGCCGUAAAACCGAGGCAAUGGUCAAUGUCAAAGAUCCUCCAAGAAUCAACCCCGAGGAGCUGAGCGCCUUCACAGAACCUCUGGCAGUAAAAGUGGGCCAUAACGCCAUCUUCAAAGUGCAUUUUGUUGGUCAUGAACCGAUAAAGAUCCAGUGGUACAGAGAGGGGGAAGAGCUCCUGGAUGACAGUAACACAAAGAUUGAGAGAUAUUCCAGUCACAGCCGGCUGCUCCUGAGCAGGUGUCAUCGGAAGGACAAGGGGGAGAUCAAGAUCAAGCUCAAGAAUGACGACGGCUUCGUCGAGGCCCUUUCACGCCUCGUCGUGCUCGAUAAACCCACGGCUCCAAUGGGGCCCGUGGAAGUCAUAGAGAGCUUGCCUUACUGUAUUGAAUUUAAAUGGAGGCCCCCAAAGGAUGACGGCGGCUCACCAGUGACUAACUACAUCAUCGAGCGGCAGCAGGUUGGACGCAACACUUGGAGGAAAUUAGGAGAAAUCCCUGGUCUCCCUGUAUAUUCUGACUCUGACGUGGAUCAUGGCAGAAAGUAUUGCUACAGAAUCAGAGCGGUGACUUCCGAGGGUGUCAGUGACGUGAUGGAGACGGAUGAGAUCCAAGCUGGUAAACUAGCCUUUCCAGGCCCUCCAGCCCCCCCAAAGGUGGUCAGCGCCUUUGACGACUGCAUCAACCUCUCCUGGUCGGCCCCCAGCAACAGAGGAGGUUCACAAAUCCUGGGCUAUAUUUUAGAGAAACGCAAGAAGGGAAGCAAUCUGUGGACAGUCGUCAACACCGCGGAUCAACUGAUAAAAGAGAAGAAAUGUGCAGUGAAGGACGUUGUGGCGGGUCUGGAAUAUGAAUUCAGAGUAACAGCUGUCAAUCAUUCUGGUGCGGGGGAAUUUAGCAACCCUUGUGAGUUCGUCUUUGCCCGGGAUCCCAAACAACCGCCUGGGAAAGUUAUUGGUCUCAAAGUGGCAGAAACUUCUUACAGUCACAUCAACUUAACCUGGACGAAGCCUGAGGACAAACCGGAAAUACAGGACGAAGCUAAAGGAUACUUUGUCGAGAUUCGACCUGCGGAUUGUCUGGAUUGGAGCCGUUGCAACACCACGCCGAUGAUCAUCACAUCUUACAGCGUGAAAGGCCUCAAGGCCAUGGAGAUGUACUGGGUCCGUGUGAUCGCCACCAACGACGGUGGAGAUGGGGAACCAGCGGAGCUGCCCAACUACGUCCUCGCGAUGCCCUCUCUUGUGAGGCCCAAAUUUACAAACAGGAAGAUGAACAGCUUCACGGUGGUCCGUGCAGGGAACUCUGUCAGACUCACCAUAAACUUUGAGGCCUCACCCCUGCCAGAGAUCCGAUGGUUGAAGGACAACGUGCCAGUGACAAGGAGGGUCACCGUCAGCAACUCUGAUGGCAGCUCACAACUUCUGAUCCCGUCCUCAGAACGCUCCGAUUCGGGCAUCUACACCAUUUUGUUGAAAAAUCUGGCUGGCCAGGAGACAUUCAGCACGGAAAUCAGAGUGACCGAUGAUCCAAAGCCUCCUGGACUGGUGCAGCUGGAGGAAAACGUUCCAGGAACAGUGACAGUCACCUGGGAACCAUCUCCAGAUGAAAAACGUGACGACCGACUGCACUACACCAUCUCCGCACUCGACUCCACCAAGCGCACCUGGUCGACAGUAGCAGACAGACUCUUCAAUAACAAGUUCACAGUGUGCAACAUCAUGCCUGGGAGAGAGUACAACUUCAGAGUCUACGCCAAGAAUGACAUGGGAGUAUCUGCACCUUCUGAGUCACCCACCUGGGAAACAGAAAAGAAGAAAGAAAAGCUUUUGGUGACCCUUCCAGCCAUCAAGGAUUGCGAUUUAAAAUGUCCUCCAACCUUCGUGGUGCCGUUGAAGCUGCACGCUGCACCUAAAGGCUACGAGUGCUACAUGAGCUGUGCAGUCAGAGGAAACCCCAAACCCCGCAUCACCUGGUACAGAAAUCACAUCAGUUUAAACACGAACGCCAACUACUACAUAUCAGAAACGUGCGGCGUCUGCUCCAUGCUGAUCCUGCGCGUCGGCCCAAAAGACACCGGCGAGUACAUCAUCACGGCAGAAAACGCUCUGGGAAGAGCUGAGUGCUCAACCACUCUCAGUGUCAGAGAAUGA